AUGGCGGAGGGAAACUCGCCCUUCGACCGCACCACGUACCGCUACACGCCCGUGCUAGCUUUUAUGCUGCUGCCGAACAUUUACGUGCACCAAGUGUUCGGCAAGUUGCUGUUUGUCGCCUGCGACCUGCUAGUGGGCUACGUGCUGUACCGGAUCCUGAGGCUACGAGGACUCCCGGAUCAACGUGAGACCAAGAAGGCUGUGUGGUUGUUUCACCCGUUCUCGGUAAAUAUUUCGACGAGGGGGAAUGCGGACUCGAUUGUGGUGCUGCUGGUGAUGCUGUCGCUGCUGCUGAUCAUGCGCAAGCAGCUUGUUCUCUCGGCACUUGCGUAUGGCGCCGCCGUUCACUUCAAGAUCUAUCCUAUCAUCUAUGCGCUGGCAUUCCUUGUGUUUUUGAAUGGAGACUUUCGUGCGUCGAAUGCCAAGUGGGCCAAGUCCUGCGGAUCUUCUGCGUGUGUUUGGUGGAAGCUUGCCGGGCUGCUUAAUCGUGAUCGCCUAGUUUUUGGCGUCGUGAGUGGACUAUUCUUCCUCGUACUGGCUGGUGGAUUCUACUACCUCUACGGCUUUCAAUUCCUUUACGAAGCAUACCUCUAUCACUUUACGCGUACAGACAACCGCCACAACUUUUCCGUCUACUUCUACGAUCUGUAUCUGCGAUACAAUACCCCGUCGGGUUUCGGGGUCGGGCUUCUAGCUUUCUUGCCCCAGCUUACGUCACUCGUAGCCAUCUCUUUCGCUUAUGGCCGUGACUUACCGUUCGCACUUUUCGCGUUGACGAUGGUCUUCGUGAUUUUCAACAAAGUGUGCACGGCACAG